AUGGUGGAAAAAGGUAUCGAAAUUUUUAUUGAUGACUUUUCAGUCUUUGGACACUCUUUUGAUGGAUGUUUGACUAAUUUGGAAAUGGUUCUGAAAAGAUGCGGGGAGCCAAAUUUAAUAUUAAACUGGGAGAAAUGUCCCUUUAUGGUGACAGAAGCACUAUGCGCUCGUUAUGGAGUUCAUCAUCAAAAGGCCAUGUUUUAUCAUCCACUUGCUAAUGGUCAAGUUGAAGUGUCAAACCAGGAGAUUAAAAGUAUUUUAGAGAAAACUGUAAACACGUCAAGGAAAGAUUGGUCGAAAAAGAUUGAUGAUUCACUAUGGGCAUAUCACAUAGCAUUUAAGACUCUGAUUGGUAUGUCACCAUAUCGGUUAGUGUUCAGGAAGAAUAGGCUUCUUGAGUUGAAUGAGCUUGAUGAAUUUCGAAAUGAAGCUUAUGAAAAUGCAAUGAUUUAUAAAGAAAAGUCUAAGGCUUUUCAUGAUAAAAGGAUAAUUAGAAAGGAUUUCCAAUCGGGAGAUAAAGUGCUGUUAUUUAAUUCUAGAUUGAAGCUGUUUCCAGGAAAACUAAAGUCUUGA